GUGACUCCUCGCUGCUGCAGCCAUAGCCCCGGCCACAACUUCCGAGCAUCGAAAAUCUCGAGAGCGUCAUCGCUGGGGGUUGGGUCUUGGCACUGCCAAGCAAACACCCCUGCCCCCGUACCGCUCAAGCUCCCGCUAUCUCCAGCUUCACCAGUAGCACCAGCUUGUCCAACACCGCAAUCCAUCAGACACCAUGGUGAAGCCACUCGUCGCCGCUCUCGCCCUCUCUGCACUGCCUUCGACUCUCGCCUUCCGCAACACAUCACCCUUCUUCCUCUUCUCGACCGCAGAGCUCCCCCUCAACUCCGUCCAUACCGCAGUUGCCCAGUCGGCGAGAGUCUCCGGUCAGGUGACAGACUCCCUCAAGAACUGCCCCUCGAGGACCUACUUCAUCGUUCGACAGGAUGGCGUCGCGUCGGCCGAUUAUCUCGAUGCUCUCUCGGCGCCGCGACUGGCUCUCUACCUAGGGGACCAACACCCAGACGUGAAGAGUCAUAUGGCAGUGUCUGAGGUGGUGGGCAGCCUAGAUACCAAAUUAAUCUCUAAAUUUCUCGAGUCGCAAUGUGGCGCCGACGUCGUACAGGUCGAUGGAUCUCUGGCAGAAAUGCUAAAGCCAUCAGCGCGAUCAAAGGAUAGUGCGCCGCUGAUUGUCGAGCUUACCUUUCCCGCUCCAACCACUUCGCAGCGCUCUGUGAUGCUCGAGAAGCAUGACGAGAACCUCGGGAACCUAAUCGCCGGUUAUGCCGACUCCCGAGACUAUACCGUCAUAUAUGCUACUACCGCACCAACCGAAGUGCAAACCGAAUCUACUUUCCAGACACAGCCCACCUACGAAAUGGACGAUGCAUUCGGCAACGCAGUACAUAUGGAGCUGAAACGAGACAUGACUAUCCACAAGAGGGCUUCUUCUAACGAUGGGGGUCUCUUUGAGAAGUACCAAUUCUUCUCCCCAGGCUUAUUUAUGGGACUUUCCGCAACCAUCCCACUCUUCUUCAUCCUCUUUAUCGGCCUCAGGGCGAUCAGCAGCCUCGAAGUGUCAUAUUUUGCCUUUAGCAAAGAAAUGGGCCCCACUGCGCAGAAGAAGUAGUAGUAGCUCGAGGCUUUGUUCGUGUACCUACAUUCUGUAACUUAUGUAAGAGCAUGGGUCUAGGCGUUUUGAUGGACGGAGAUUUAGCGAAAUUCGGGUUCCCUUCUCUAGACUGUAUCAUUGACUGCAGAACAGAUACUGUUAAGUCCCGCUCUUAUCCUAGUAUUGCGGUGCAUUUUCCUG